CCGCGGUCACGUGGGGAGCGGUCACGUGCGGGGCCGCCGCGGCAGCGAAUCGCCGGGGGCGGCGGCCGAGGCAGCCCCAUGGCGUCGCCCCACGCCCCCCAAGCGGCGCCCGUGGGGCCGGUGCUGCGCCGGCCCGACGACACGGGGGGGGAGGGGGCCGAGGCCUGCCCCACGGCGCCCCACGGCGCCCCCCCGGCCCGCGCCCACCUGACGGUGGCCGUGCUCUGCUACAUCAACCUCCUCAACUACAUGGACCGCUUCACCGUGGCCGGUGUCCUACCUGACGUCGAGGAGUAUUUCGGCAUCGGGGACGGCAGCUCCGGGCUGCUGCAGACGGUGUUCAUCAGCAGCUACAUGGUGCUGGCGCCCGUCUUCGGGUACCUGGGGGACCGCUACAACCGCAAGCGCCUGCUGUGCCUCGGCAUCGCCCUCUGGUCCGCCGUCACCCUGGCCACCAGCUUCGUGCCCCGCGAGCGGUUCUGGGCGCUGCUGGUGGGGCGGGCGCUGGUGGGGGUGGGCGAGGCCACGUACUCCACCAUCGCCCCCACCCUCAUCGCCGACCUCUUCGCCGGCACCGCCCGCAGCCGGGCCCUGGGCUGCUUCUACCUCGCCGUGCCCCUCGGCAG